AUGAUCUUCACCCCUCCAGUAUGGGGCCCUGAGAUGAUGGCCAUUCCGGCCUCCCGCCCCAUCCACGAGUUUCUCGUCGAACGAGACAGCCGUCACCUCUACGACUGGUCCGAGGAAAAACCAGCAUUGACCAUUGCGGACCGGGUCGACGCCCUGGCGCGCAGCCUUGGCCGUGAGCUCGGGUGGUCCCCCAACACGGGCUCGCCAUGGAGCAAGGUUGUUGGAAUCUUCAGCUUCAACACGCUUGAUUUCCUCGUUGCCUCGUGGGCGAUCCACCGGAUCGGCGGCAUUUGUAUGCUGAUGCACCCGACUAGCUCAGCCGCGGAGAUUAAACGGCAUAUUGAGCUCACCGAGUGUCGAGUUCUCUUCACCUGCCGCUCAUUGCUGCCCACUGCUAACGAGGUGCUCGUCGCGAGCAAGGUCCAGGACCCGAGGGCCUACUUGCUCGACCUGCCAGAGGAGCUCGGGAGGAAACCGUCCCUCCCCGAUCAGGGCCAGCAGACAGUGGAACAGUUGAUCAGCGCAGGCGCGACUUUACCGCUAAUUGAAGCACUAGAUUGGGCGGAGGGACAAGGAAAGGAGCAAGUGGCAUAUUUAUGUCCAACGAGCGGGACAUCUGGUCUGCAGGAAUCCGCGCUGACUGUGAAGAAACUCGCCAUGAUCACGCAUUACAACAUCAUUGCCAAUAUCAUUCAGGCGACCACGUUUGAAGCUGGCCCGAAGAAGGGGCGCACCGAGGUCGCCCUCGGGUUUCUGCCUCUCAGUCACAGCUACGGGCUGAUCCUGGCACACUUGACGGCCUGGCGGGGGGAUACCUAUAUCCUGCAUGCACGCUUCGAUAUGCAAGCCGCUCUGGCGUCGAUCGAAAAGUACCGAAUCGAGCGCCUAUAUCUAGUUCCUCCGAUUAUCUCUGCUCUCGUCAACAAUCCCUUUCUCCUCGAUCUCUGCGACACUUCCUCGGUCACUUCCGUCGUGACCGGCUCAGGGCCCUUCGGGCCCCGGUUGGCAGAGGCGCUGAGCCGCGUGCGGCCAUCGUGGCAAGUGCUCCCAGGAUACGGACUCACUGAAACUGCCGUAAUUAUCUCCAUCACCGACCCUAACAUCACCUAUCCUGGUGCAGACGGCUGUCUCGUUCCAGGCGUCGAAGCGCGACUCAUCAACUCAAACGGCAACGAGGUGGAGGCGUACAAUGAACCCGGCGAGCUGCUCCUGAAAUCGCCCAGCAUCAUGAAGGGGUACCUCGGACAGGAGACAGCCACCCGAGAAGUCUUUGACGAGCAGGGCUGGCUCCGCACUGGCGAUAUCGCUGUCUUCCGGCUGACAGGCCAAGACGGCAAGGUUACUCCUCACUUGGAUAUUGUUGACCGCAAGAAGGAUAUCAUGAAGGUCAAGGGACUCCAGGUAGCACCGGUAGAGAUCGAAUCACAUCUGGCGGCGCAUCCGGCCGUGGCUGAAGUAGCUGUUGUUGGAGUCCGCGACGAGGACGCUGGCGAGCGACCGUAUGCUUUCAUCGUGCGCUCUCCCAGAACUAUGGCCGAUCUGGACGAGGAGGCGCUGAAGGCCGAUCUCAACCGCCAUGUAGAGGCCACCCUCAGUGAGCCGCACUGGCUGCGCAAGAACAUCCGGUUUGUAGAGGAGUUCCCCAAAAGCAGUAAUGGGAAGCCGCUCAAGUACAAGUUGAAGGAAAGUCUGGCAACUUCAUAUGCCCGAAAGACAAGCCCUGCCAUUCCGAACAACACUAGAAAUCGAUGA